AUGGUACUUGACUUCCUCUACUCCCAGAUCUUCGUGACUCCUGCCAUUCCGACAACCCCUCUACCUGGCCAGACCCUCAUUAUCACCGGCUCAAACACUGGUCUGGGCCUGGCAGCAGCAACUCACAUCGCCUGCCUGAAACCUGCACUUCUUAUCCUUGCAGUACGAAACCAAGCGAAAGGCAAUGCUGCACGCGACACGAUCUACAAAGACACCGGACUCAGUCCUGAAGAUGUCAAGAUCGAGGUCUGGGAUCUGGACAUGAGUUCUUUCGCGUCCGUGCUCGCUUUCUCUGAUCGCUGCGCCAACGACCUAUAUCGUUUAGACGGAGUCAGUCUGAAUGCUGGCAUCACGAUGGCGAAGCUGGAACUCAUGGAAGGGUACGAAUCGACCAUUGCGGUAAACGUCAUUUCGACUUUCUUACUUGCCAUCACACUUUUACCGACUUUGCGCAAAUCUGCAAUGAAACACAACAUCACGCCACGGCUUAGCAUCGUGGGUUCUGAAACACAUGUCUGGGCACCGUGGAAAGAGAGCACGACUCCGGAAGGGACGAAGAUUCUCGAAGCCAUGUCCGCACCUGGGACGAAAGUCUCACAGGCAAGGUACAUGGACAGCAAGCUCAUGCAGAUCCUUGUCUUUCGACACCUUUGCAGCUUGUUCGUUGCACAGCAGCUGCCUGAAAAUGCCAAAGUCAUCUUGAACAUCCUCAACCCAGGCUUCUGCUACUCGGAUCUUGGCAGAGAUUCCUCACCACUUGUGCAGACUGUGAUGCGGUAUUUUCUAGCGAGAACUCAAGAAGUAGGUGGAAGACCUAUUGCUGCAGGACUUGUGGCAGGUCUCGAGACGGAUGGAAAGUACAUGCAUGAUGGGGUUGUUGCUGAGGGAGCACUGAGUAGAUAUGUCAAGAGUGAGAAGGGUGAGGAGAUGGGAAAGAGGUUGUGGGAGGAGCUUAGGGAGGUUUUUGAGCAGGCGAGACCUGGUGUUGUUGGAAAACUUUGGGAGAAAUGA